GCGGGUGCUGGGCGGGCGGUGUCAGGCUCUCGGUGGCGGCGGAGGCGGCGGAGGCCAGGGAGGAAGAUGUCGUAAUGAGCGCAGGUCCACAGACGAGCAUGGCUGCCACUGCCGCUGUCAGUCCCAGUGACUACCUGCAGCCCGCCGCCUCCACCACCCAGGAUUCCCAGCCAUCUCCUCUAGCCCUGCUUGCUGCAACAUGUAGCAAAAUCGGCCCUCCAGCUGUUGAAGCUGCAGUGACGCCUCCUGCUCCCCCUCAGCCCACGCCACGGAAACUCGUCCCCAUCAAACCUGCCCCUCUCCCUCUCAGUCCUGGCAAGAAUAGCUUUGGAAUCUUGUCCUCCAAAGGAAACAUCCUUCAGAUUCAGGGGUCACAGCUCAGCGCAUCCUAUCCUGGGGGGCAGCUGGUGUUUGCCAUCCAGAACCCCACGGUGAUCAACAAAGGGACCCGAUCAAAUGCCAAUAUCCAGUACCAGGCGGUCCCUCAGAUACAGGCGAGCAAUUCCCAGACCAUCCAGGUACAGCCCGGCCUCACCAACCAGAUCCAGAUCAUCCCCGGCACCAGCCAAGCCAUCAUCACCCCCUCGCCGUCCAGCCAUAAGCCUGUCCCCAUCAAGCCGGCCCCUGUCCAGAAGUCGAGUACGACUACCACUCCUGUGCAGAGUGGCGCCAAUGUGGUGAAGCUGACAGGCGGGGGCGGCAACGUGACGCUCACACUGCCCGUCAACAACCUUGUGAACACCAGUGACUCUGGGGCCACCACUCAACUCCUUACGGAGAGCCCCCCCACACCACUGUCUAAGACUAACAAGAAAGCCCGGAAGAAGAGUCUGCCUGCCUCACAGCCCCCGGUGGCUGUGGCUGAGCAGGUGGAGACGGUGCUGAUCGAGACCACCGCGGACAACAUCAUCCAGGCAGGAAACAACCUGCUUAUCGUUCAGAGCCCUGGCGGGGGCCAGCCGGCCGUGGUCCAGCAGGUCCAGGUGGUGCCCCCCAAGGCCGAGCAGCAACAGGUGGUGCAGAUCCCCCAGCAGGCCCUGCGGGUGGUGCAGGCGGCAUCUGCCACCCUCCCCACCGUCCCCCAGAAGCCCUCCCAGAACUUUCAGAUCCAGGCGGCUGAGCCGACACCUACUCAGGUCUACAUCCGUACGCCUUCCGGUGAGGUGCAGACGGUCCUCGUCCAGGACAGCCCCCCAACAACAGCUGCCGCCACCUCUGCCACCACCUGUAGCAGCCCUGCGUCCCGUGCUCCCCAUCUGAGUGGGACCAGCAAAAAGCACUCUGCCGCAAUUCUCCGGAAAGAGCGCCCCCUGCCAAAGAUCGCCCCUGCCGGGAGCAUCAUCAGCCUGAAUGCAGCCCAGCUGGCGGCAGCGGCCCAGGCCAUGCAGACCAUCAACAUCAACGGUGUCCAGGUCCAGGGCGUGCCUGUCACCAUCACCAACACCGGAGGGCAGCAGCAGCUGACGGUGCAGAACGUCUCCGGGAACAACCUGACCAUCAGCGGCCUGAGCCCCACCCAGAUCCAGCUGCAGAUGGAGCAGGCGCUGGCCGGAGAGGCCCAGCCCGGGGAGAAGCGGCGCCGCAUGGCCUGCACGUGUCCCAACUGCAAGGAUGGGGACAAGAGGUCCGGGGAGCAGGGCAAGAAGAAGCACGUGUGCCACAUCCCCGACUGCGGCAAGACCUUCCGCAAGACGUCCUUGCUGCGGGCCCACGUGCGCCUGCACACCGGCGAGCGGCCCUUUGUCUGCAACUGGUUCUUCUGUGGAAAGAGGUUCACACGGAGCGACGAGCUCCAGCGGCAUGCGCGCACCCACACAGGGGACAAACGCUUCGAGUGUGCCCAGUGUCAGAAGCGCUUCAUGAGGAGUGACCAUCUCACCAAGCAUUACAAGACCCACCUGGUCACGAAGAACUUGUAAGGCCACCUGAGGCGGGAGGCCCCGAAGAUACAGUCCCCCGUCUGUGUCCUGUCUGGACCCCUGGGGGACAGGUGGCUCUGGGCUGCCCCGGGCCACCCUCGGCCCUUCCCUUCUGUUCUGCGACCGUCCCCAUAGGAAGGGGCUCCGUCGCCCAGUGCUCACCUCCUUCUGAAGCCCCUUGGCUCUGCCCUGGCCCUUCCCUCUCACCUCGAGCUCCGGCCUGCCCUGACCGUGGGCAGUGGCCGUGCUCCAUGAGACGUUCUAAACCAGGACGAAUGGGAACCCUUAUUUCCAAAGGAAAAACAUGAAUUUCACUCCGUCGAGGAGCAAAGUGAGCCCCCCCCAGCCCAAUCCCCCCAACACUGCCGGAGUCGCAUUGUGCCAUGCCCCUCUCUCUCCCCUGCCCCUCCCCGGCCCCCUGACAGCCACCCAGGACGCCCUGGGACCCUGUCCCCAGGGCACAAGCUGGCAUCCACCUCCGGGGAGGCUCACGGGGCUGCCUCAUGCCACAUGCCGAGCCCUGCCACCGCCCUCCUCCAGCACAUUCCAACUUUCUAUUUAAAAAGUCGAGCUAUCCACUGAUGCCCUCUUUUUCUAUGGAGAACGUUGCCUUAUACUCUACUUCAGAUGAUGAACACUGUGUAUUGUGUGUGCUUUAAAGUUUUAUUUAAUUGCUCCCUUCUUCCUGUCCUCGUUACUUGCCUCCCCCACGCCUGCUUCAGUUUAGGGUUUGGGGGACCGUGAGGGGCAUCGGGGGUUUUCUCUCUCUAGCAGUUCUCUUUUGUAAAAGACACAGCAUUUCAACUCGAAUCUGGAUUCAGAUAAGAACACCUCCACCUCCUGACCCUCUGCCCUCUGCCCCCAGCCCGCCCCGGCUGGCCUCAGCCCUGCUUGUGUACAGUGUAUAUUGUAUAAUAGACAAUUGUGUCUACUACAUGUUUAAAAACAUAUUGCUUGUUAUUUUUGAGGCUUUUAAAUUAAACAAAAAUCCAACUUUAUUUUUAGUUGUAACUGCUUGAGGUAUGUUUUAUGAAUUAAGUGACAGAUUUGUUAUCCUUUAUUAACGAUGUACUUUGUUGGUCAGCACUGGGCUGACAAAAAUUUUUUUCUUGCUAAUAAAUUUAGUUGCCUGAGGCAAAAUCUGCAA